AUGCUCGCCGCCGUCGGGCAACCCGUGCCCAACACCGAGCACGCAGUGAGCGUGUCCCUGCCAUCAUGGAGAGCGACCGUGGCCUACGAAGAAGGCGAAGGCUGGGUCGUGUCGAAGAUGAAGACAGGAUAUCCGCGGUUCUUCAUCCACCUGACCAUUCAGGACUUGCAGAGGGAAAUUCUAGAUCUAUACGGCCGACCAGGGGAGAGCGAGAGCGUGAUGCUUUUCCCGUCUCUGGCAACAGCCACGCGAUGCCAGAGAUUUAUACUCGAUAAGCUUGAGGGCCAACUACCGGAUCCCAGCGCAGUGCGGAUUCUGCAACUGCAGCCGGUCAUCCACCCGAACAAGAUGCCGCAGACGGCGUUGUCGAGUCUUGUGUGUGUGUUUUUCCCAAAGGAGCAUUUCGGCGUCGCGAAGCAGGUGUGGCAGCAUUCGGGCGAUGGGAUUUCCAGUCGUCGCGGGGAGUUCUGCUUGAAAGCCCUGAGGGAAGGGCUUUUGAGGCCCGUGUCGCUGCCGCCGUCGUCGUCUUCGUCGUCUUCUCCUGCCAAUGGCCAUGAUGGUGCGAAGGCGAAACAUGAUGAUCUCUAUACUAAAGGUCCUCGUCGGUAUCAGCGGCCGGCAUCGCGGAAUGGUAUUACACAUGACGCGAUCACGAGCAAUAAUCAUCAACAUCAUCACGAAUCUAUCCACGAGACCGUUACCAACGGCACUACGGAAGAAGAAGCAGGGGACAAGGACCAUGCCCAAUUCGUCGAGGAACGAUUCGGACGCAAUCUGAACGUGAAGCUGGCGGCACAAGCGAAACUCGCCAUCCGCCGACGGAUCGCGGGUUGCUUGACGGACGACUCGGAAUUGGACCAAGCGCUUGCCAGGUCGCGCGGCGCGGACUGCAGCGACCGCCAGCGCGGGUUGUCCGAGGACGACGUAUACCUGUACCCAUGCGGGAUGUCAUCGAUUUUCAACAUGCACCGAAUUCUACUGCUGAAUGCAGAACUCAAGGGUCAAGAACCGCGCAAAAGCAUUUGUUUUGGGUUUCCCUACAUUGACACAUUGAAAAUUCUAGAGAAAUGGGGUCCCGGGUGUUUGUUUUAUGGAUUCGGCAGCUCGGCAUGUCUGGACGAUCUGGAGCGACGACUUGACGGCGGAGAACGGUUUUUGGCCCUGUUUACCGAGUUUCCGGGCAAUCCACUGCUCAGCGCGCCGGACCUGGUGCGGAUUCGCAAGUUGGCGGACAAAUACGGGUUUGCGGUCGUGGUGGACGAGACGGUGGGCAACUUCAUCAACACGGAUGUGCUGAGCCAUGCCGACGUGGUGGUUAGUAGUCUGACCAAAGUGUUCAGCGGUGACAGUAAUGUCAUGGGCGGGAGUGUCGUGCUUAACCCGCAGAGCUCGUGGUAUGGUGAUUUGAAGAGUUUGAUGGCCCGCGAGUACGAGGACAAUUACUGGGCUGAGGAUGCCGUGUUUAUGGAACGAAACUCGCGCGACUUUAUUUCUCGCAUCCAUCGCAUCAAUGUCAAUGCCGAGGCUAUUGCUUCUGCUUUGAGACAAUGUCCUUUCGUCAAGCAGGUCUAUUAUCCGAAAUAUAACGAGUCAAGGCCGAACUACGAUGCUUGUCGCACCCCGAAUGGUGGGUAUGGUGGGUUGUUGUCGGUUACGUUCCACCAUCCCGAACAGGCGGUCGCGUUCUUUGAUGCCCUCGAGGUCCAGAAGGGGCCGAGCUUGGGGACGAAUUUCACCCUUGCUUGUCCUUAUGCGGUGCUGGCGCAUUAUACGGAGUUGGAAUGGGUCGCUAGCUGGGGCGUCGAUCCGGAUCUUGUGCGUCUGAGUGUUGGGUUGGAAGAGCCGGAUGAUUUGACGGGGAGGAUUCAGAGGGCUUUGAAGGCUGCUGAGAAUGCUAAGGCUGUGGAAUAG